AUGACGCCGCCACCCGCCGCGGCUGGCACCAUGGACGACAAGACUAGCUUGACCGCCAUCUCGAGUCGAAUCUCGACGACGCAGACUGACUCUUCUUCCGCUACUGCUGCUGCUGCUGACGCCGCCGCCGAUACUAAUACCAAGCCCUUGCCCGCCCCGACCCUCGACGCCGGCAAGCAGACGGCACCUGUUCGCCAGUGCCCUUGUCGCAACAGGGCCAAGAAUCCAGCUACGGCGCACGAGCCUCCCAGCACAACCACUACCACCACCACCAACACCUCCUCCGCCCCGCAUUCGGCCUCGACCGCGCCCCUCGCCGCCAUCGAUAUAAAGCCAACACCGCCGCCUGUCUCGACUGCCGCUGCGGCGCCCAUGAACGUCAAGACGUCGCCCACGUCCGCCAAAAUGAUCUUCUCCGACAUGUACAGGUCGCCGCGCUCGCCGCUCUCCAAGAUUCGACAUUCCGUCUUCGCCGCGCCUCUGCCGCUACCCCAUGCUGAUUACGACGUCGACCUUCUUAGCAAGGACAAGGCCAAGCAGAAGGAGGCCGUCAGACGUCACCUCGAGGAAAAGGUGCGCAACGAUUGGGACUUUGUUUGGCCGCCUGUGUCGGCUGCCGCCUCGGUGCCCGCGCCUGUGCCUCCUCAGUCAACCGAAAACGGCGACGACGUCGCAGCGGACCCCACUCCUCAGCCACCAGCUGAGACAUCCCCUUCUGAACCACAACUUGGGGACGACUCGGUGACAGCCGCCGCGGAGAGGAACCGCGAGUCCACAGAGGAGGCGCUCGACGACGGCCCUGACAGUGACGCCGAGUCUGUCUACAGCACCGUGUCGGAAGAUCCUGUCCACUACCGGCCACGACUCGACUGGGUAUCGGAUCUCUCCGACGACGAGGCUCCACCCAUGUCUCUCUCGCCCUUCCGCUUCGACACGCCCGAGGCGAUAGGCGCCGCCGUGAAAGCCUCGGUCGUCGACAAGCAGGCACAGCGGAGAAGAGCUGUUCGCGAAGAGAUGCAGUGGAACGAGGGUCUCGCCUGCUUUGAGGCCCGCCGCAAUGCCUGGACGGGCGCGAAAACAGUCCGCGUGCGCCAGAAGCCCAUCUCUCCAUCCACCUCUUUUGCGUCUCUGUCGCCCAAGCGGCUCUUCCAGCGCACAUCUGUGCCCCCUUCUCCGGCGCACCACAGCUCGCCUCCUCAGCAGCGCCGCAGCAACGACGCAUCUACCACAAACUCGGACGGCUAUGAUUCGAAAGAUGGCAGUCGCGACCUCAGCGCCCAGCGCUCCAAGGACUCAUCGCAUUCCACGACGUCGGCUCCGUCCACCGCAGCGUAUUCCGUCGAGACGCUGCUGCCUCUCGCACCACCCCUCCUCCCGCCGAAUAACCCCAUGCGUGCCUCCAUCACGCCGGCCGUGUACCUCUCGCUCUACGAAAAAGUCAUUCUCCACAAUCUCACGCCGUCCUGUCCCGUCAACCUCUCUGACAUGAUCCGUGCGUGCGUCACGGGCUGGAAGCGCGACGGCGAGUGGCCGCCCCGCCCGGCGCCCGCUGACCCCAUGAGCCUCGUGGCCGUGCGGAAGAAGAAGCGUGCCUCUGCGGGGGCAGGUGACGGGCUCGGCACCGCGAGACGCAUGAGUUUUGGGUUCCUCGGCCGAGGCGGAGGCGGGGAGAAGGCCGGCGCCGAAGAGAGCAAGGGCGUCGCCAAGGGGAUCAGGGGCAGCCUGCAGCGAGUUCUGGGCAUCGGUCAUCAUGCUGCGACUCCGAAUGGAAAGAGUGCCGUGGCUUGA